UCUUGUUGUGUUAAGCACUCUUUAAAAACAAGAAUAAGGCAGGUGAAGGAAAAAUAAAAAGGGAAAUUCAAGAGGGAAGAAAAGUUAAAAUUGCAAUCAAUUUCGAGUUUGGUAAUCGGGAUCAGGGUGUCUUUAGAAAUUAAAGAGAGUUUGAUUUGGUUUUGAGGGUGGAGGCUUAAGGAGGAUCCUUCCUUUUACUUUUAUCGUUUGGCUUUUGUCAGCCACUCUUUUCUUGUUCUUGUUCGUCAACGCCUCCAACACAUAUUACUUCAUCAAUAUUUUCUUCAUCUGAUUUUGAUCGGAGCAUCAGUCUGAUUAGAAGGGAUCUCAUGGCCACCACUGGAAACAAGAACAUCAAUGCUAAAUUAGUUCUACUUGGGGAUGUUGGAGCUGGAAAGUCUAGUCUUGUUUUGCGCUUCGUUAAAGGGCAAUUUGUUGAAUUUCAGGAAUCAACCAUAGGUGCAGCUUUUUUCUCCCAAACAUUGGCUGUGAAUGAUGCAACUGUGAAGUUUGAGAUUUGGGAUACAGCUGGUCAAGAGAGGUACCAUAGCUUGGCACCAAUGUAUUACAGAGGAGCUGCGGCUGCUAUCAUUGUGUAUGAUAUUACAAAUCAAGCAUCAUUUGAGAGAGCCAAAAAAUGGGUCCAAGAACUUCAAGCACAAGGCAAUCCUGGUAUGGUAAUGGCACUUGCUGGGAACAAAGUUGAUUUACUAGAUGCAAGGAAGGUGGCAGCAGAGGCAACACAAACUUAUGCUCAGGAGAAUGGUCUUUUCUUCAAGGAAACAUCUGCAAAGACAGCAUCCAAUGUCAAUGAGAUUUUCUACGAAAUAGCCAAAAGAUUACCUCGAGUGCAGCCAGCACAAAAUCCUGCUGGAAUGGUUCUCAUGGAUAGACCUGCAGAACGGAGUGCUAGUGCCACUUGUUGCUCUUAGGCAUUGGACGGUUUCCUUCCUGUAUCUUCUAAGUAGCUUACGAAUACUUCUGCGGUCGAAGUUUUAUCUUCCAUACUUUGCCAUGUUUAUGUGCUAUUCAUUAUGGGUUGUACAUGGAUGCUUGUUAUCUAGACCUGAUGAUAUCUACCAGUCAAUUGUGUUAAUGAUUGAUUAUUCUUGUAUAUUAAAGUUCGAUAAUGGUAUUAUGUUUCACUUCCAUGGUUACAA